AUGGGUCACGGACAUCCUAUUCCAUUGAACGCUGGUGCAUACAUCUUUAUGGGAUCCGUCCUUUUUUCUUACAUUGCUCUCAAGUCUCCAAUAAAAUACAAGUGGGCUGCCGACAACAGAAUAAGUCCUAAGGCAGACUUAGCAUGGAGAAACAAUUCUCAAAAAUGGUUGGAUAAUCAAUAA